UUAACUGUUCAGGACAGUGACCUAAUCCCCCACAUGGAGGGACAAGGAAUAAGUGGAACAACCUUGGCAGCUGUGGCGUUUGAAGCUUCGGCGAGCUAUGAACAAAUUAGACCCACCUACCCAUUGGAAACUGUACGGUUCCUGUUGAAAAAACUCGGAAUUCUAGAACACAACAAGAUUGAAAAUUAUACCUUUACCAGAAAUCUUCCGCUUACUGUUCUUGAAUUAGGAUCCGGCACAGGCAAGUUCACUCGAGUUAUGUUUGAAAUCUUAAGAGGCACCGGGACUCAAAUAAUCGCCAGUGAUCCCACAGCUACAAUGAUACAGCAGUUCCAAAGAGUUUUACCCCGCAUUGAAAUUCUGCAGUGUCGUGCUGAGAAUAUUGGUAAGUCAGGUUUAAUUCACUUUUGCGUCACCCUGUGAAAUAGUUACAGCUGUUAAUAAUGCAGCAGAAGUAAUCUUUAAUAAUAUUACGACAAAGUUAGCAAAGUGGAAAAAAAAUGAAAGAAAAUAGAAAAGUGAGAAAUUAAUGAAUGACAAAUGGCCAUGAAUUGGGCGUGAGUAAAGAGGCUAUUUCAUUAUCAUUAUUAUUAUUAUUAUUGAUAAAUCCAUUAUUUUUUUACUGAAACGCUGUCAUAAAAACAUGUUUUCAAGAGAAGCUUAAGGGAAAACUAAAUAAAAUGCAGCUCCGAUCGCGACGAGUUAGUCUUGCACUAAAAUUAAGUUUCCUUUCUCAUUCUCCAGCUUCGGGAUAACUUUGGAAUGGUCUUUCAAGCUGCUAUUUUGUGCUUGAAUUUUUCGCAUUUUGAAAUUCCAUUAUAUCUCUUUUGUCGAUAUAGCUCUCCCAGACUCGAGUGUUGAUGCAAUUGUAGCAGCGCAUUGUUUUCACUGGUUCGCAAACGAAGAGGCUGUGAGAGAUAUUUGCAGAGUUCUAGUGCCUGGUGGUUCUCUGGGAAUGAUUUGGAUCCUUCCUGAUGAAUCGGUGCCUUGGGUUAAAGAGUUGUUGACAUUUUUUCGCCCGUUGGAAAACGGUUUCGAGCACACAACCUCAGAAGAAACCAUGAAUAAGAUAUUUCAAGUGGUCGGAAAACUGUUCACUGUCCAAAAGGAUUCGACAACGAGGAAACACUGGCAGCUUACUUACGAUGAAUGUUACAAUACCCUGGCUUCUAAAGGUAUUUUGCAAAGCAGCCCUGAUGAGGUCAAAGAUGGAUUCAAGGUUUGGUUUGAUAAAGUCAUGCGCAAGCAUUUUCCUGAUAUCAAAGAAAACGACCGAAUCCCUUGUCCGUCGGUCACGUUGAUCUGUUGGUGCAAGAAAAAGGAAAUGAUGCAAAAUUUAGAAUGA